ACUAGCCAGGCGGCCAACGGGCACCGCGCAUGUGGCGGGGUGAGAGGUGAAAGAUCAGGAGGGGAGCCAGGAAGAUGGCGGUGCGGGCGACGGGCGCCGGGCGAGAGACGCGGACUCUGUGACGCGCGCGAAGCGAUGGCGCGGCGUGCGGCGCGCUGCGGCUGAAGGCGGCCGUCGCGGGCCGUGCGCGGAGCGCUCCCCAUGAGCGCGGUGGGGGGCCUGGCGUGGCGCGCGCUGCACGCCCUGCUGCGCGCAUUGCUCUGCCUGCAGCGCGCGCUGCUGGCCGCGCCCCGCGCCUGGCUCCGACGCCGCGCCGCCGCCUCCUGCGCCUUGCUGGGCCCCGCCGCGCGCGCCCUCGCCUUCCCCGGCGCGGCCCGAGGGGUGCGGCGGCCCGGCAGGAGGCGGCCCGGGGUUCGAGCGAGGGGUCGCGCGGACGGGCGGGCCCUGCAGAAGCUGCCGCUGCACGUGGGUCUGGUGGUGACCGAGGAGGAGCCGAGCUACGCGGACAUGGCCAGCCUGGUGGUGUGGUGCAUGGCGGUGGGCAUCUCCUACGUCAGCGUCUACGACCACAACGGUAUUUUCAAGAGGAAUAAUUCAAGACUGAUGGAUGAAAUUUUAAAACAGGAGCAAGAACUCUUAGGAUUAGACUGCUCCAAAUACACAGUGGAAUUUGCAAAUCAAGACAAAGCUGAUCAAGUUUUAAAUUGCCAAUCUACAUUGAAGGUGCUGUCUCCAGAAGAUGGAAAAGCAGACAUAGUAAAAGCUGCUCAGAACUUUUGUCAGUUGGUAGCACAACAGCAAAGAACGUAUACAGACCUGGAUGUGAAUGUGUUAGACAACUUGUUAAGUAAAUUUACAAGCUUUGUGGGAUGUUCUGGAAAAAAGUACUUCUGGGAUAAGCUGAAAUUAGACUUACAAGUAAGGUUAACUUCUUGCAAUCUAGCAUGCUGCAAGCCUAGGUGUGAGUGGGGAGUCUUUACAGUUCUAGUUGCAGGUAUUAAAACUGCCUAACUAUUGGCCCUGAGUUGAACACAAAUAACAGGGUACUUAUUGAUCCUUUGCUGCUGUGUAACCCACUUCAGUUAUCUCCAUUACUACUUCAUGCAGAUUACUGACUCUCUGUGCUGAGGUUGCAUGGCUACUUGCAAUAGCUGUGAAAAGGGCAGGGCUGCCCUCAUUGCCUAUGACAGAGGAACAGUAUUGUGCUAAGGAGCUUGAGUACUCUUUCAACUUGUCUAGAUGAUCAGUAUGUGUUAAGUGCAACUGGGUUCAGGUUUCAGUUAGCGCAGUUCAACUUGCAUGUCUGCAGGCAAGCUGUGUGCCUGGUACACUGCUACAGUGUGGCUUCCACUGGAGUCUAGAGGGAUUUCUCUCUUCCCUCCCUCAUCACCCAAACAAGUGAUCAGAUGAAUUGCACUGCAGCAGAUCUGCUCUGCAGAUUAGACCCUUUAGUCUUAACUAAAUUUUCCCUUUUUUAAGCGUAUGGCAUCUUAUCUUCUUACAGUAGUGGAAUUAUUAAAUGGGUGUUUAAUAUGACCACUGAGAAAGUAACUUAGAUGUCUAGCCUGUUAUGCCCCAAAGCAAUUUAAGAAAGUGGAUGAUUGCUUCUGUAGAAGUUACCCAUCUUGAAGAACUGGUGCCAGUGAUACCCAUAUAUGUAUUCUGGCCAUUGGUGCUGAAGUAGAGCUUAUCAAACACUUGUUCCUGAUCUACUAUCCUUGCAUGUGUCCGUUGAUCAAGUAAUGCAUGAUAGCUGAGCACAGAAA